GGAGAAAUUUAGUGAAAUAUUUUAGUAAAAUAUUUAGGAGCCCCAUUUUCUAAAACCCUCUUCCCUGCCGACGCUAAUCCCGAAACUAAAUUCUCCAAAUGUCAUCCAUAACUAAAAAAUUCCCGACCAAGUCGUUCCUCAGCCUCCUCAUAUCUUCCCCACCAAAACCUCCCAUUUCUCGCUUAUUUUCGGCUGCCACCGCCGAAGAUCGGACCAAAAAACUCGAGCGCAUCGCCGACGAGCUUUUAGACCUAACAAAACUUGAACGCUACGAUUACUCCAUCCUCUUCCGUCUCAAACUCGGCCUUAACCGCUACGGCCCCGCUGUUUCCGGCGUCACUUCCGCAUCCCCUUCAGCCCCCGGAUCCGGUUCGGGCGCAGUCGAAUCGAAAGCCGCUGAAAAGACGGCGUUUGAUAUAAAGCUGGAGAAGUUUGAAGCGGCGGCGAAGAUAAAGAUAAUAAAAGAAGUGAGGGCAUUUACGGAUUUGGGAUUAAAGGAAGCUAAAGAUUUGGUGGAGAAAGUUCCGGUUGUGGUUAAAAAGGGAGUUACGAAAGAGCAAGCUGAUGGCAUUGUUAAGAAGCUCCAAGAAUUGGGUGCUACUGUGGUACUUGAAUGAAUCUUCUCUUUAGAAUAAGCCCCUUACCAUUGGAAUUUGAAAGUGAAACUUUGCUGAAAUUAAUUUAGUCUGACUGAAAAGAUUGGAAAUUGUUUACUCUCUCUCUUCUUUGUUAUGAAAAUCUUUGGAGAUGUUUACUGCUUGUAUAAAAUUUAAUCGAAUUAAGACUGGGUACCUGUAAUUUUGCUGCUUUCUAAGGCUGAGGAUGCUCAAAUUGAUAGAAGUGACUGGCAAUGGCUUUAUCAUUAGUUCAGUCUCUGUUUGUUUUGGCAUACCAUAAACUAGAUCAAUGGCUCUUCUUGAUUUUAGUUAAGACAGCACUGCUUUUUAGACAAUCUAGCUAGUGUGCUAUGCGCUAGGAUAUUAGCCCGUGUCGUCUGGUUAUCGUUUUCUCGGUUCCAAGUCAGAGUCUGAUUGUAAGUAUUUAUUCAAAUGUGGAAAAGGAAGUGUUUUUUUGGUCA